ACCGCGCAUGCGCAGUGGGCAGAGAAUGCGGAAGUGAAGGUCUUUCUGUCAGUGAGAGAGUCGACACUUUAGUUUGCUUCCCCUGGUUCACAACCGUUUUUAAUCUGCAUAACUUUCGGGUGUCUUUUAUGAGUAAUCAAAAGCAGCAAAAGCCGACGCUAACAGGCCAGCGGUUCAAAACGAGGAAAAGAGAUGAAAAGGAGAGAUUUGACCCUACUCUGUUUCAAGAAAGUAUCGUACAAGGCUUGAAUCAAUCUGGCUCUGAUUUGGAAGCGGUCGCAAAGUUCCUUGAUGCCUCUGGCGGCAAGCUUGACUACCGCCGGUAUGCAGAGACGCUCUUCGACAUCCUGGUGGCCGGCGGAAUGCUGGCCCCAGGAGGGACUCUAUCCGACGACAUGACCCGCACCGAGUUCUGCCUAUUCACGGCACAAGAAGACCUUGAGACCAUGCAAGCAUACGCUCAGGUGUUUAACAAACUGAUCAGGCGUUACAAGUACCUGGAGAAAGGUUUCGAAGAGGAGAUCAAGAAGUUGCUGCUGUUUCUAAAAGGGUUCACUGAGUCUGAGCGCAACAAACUGGCCAUGCUCACCGGCAUCCUGCUGGCCAACGGCAACAUAUCGGCCUCCAUCCUGAACAGCCUCUACAACGAGAACCUCGUCAAGGAGGGAGUGUCUGCGGCCUUCGCUGUCAAGCUCUUCAAGUCAUGGAUCAACGAGAAGGACAUCAACUCUGUGGCUGGCAGUCUCCGCAAAGUCGGGAUGGACAACAGGCUGAUGGAACUCUUUCCUGCCAACAAACGGAGCUGCGAGCAUUUUUCUAAGUACUUCACCGACGCCGGGCUGAAGGAGCUGUCCGACUUCGCUCGCAACCAGCAGUCCAUCGGCGCCCGCAAGGAGCUGCAGAAGGAGCUCCAGGAGCAGAUGUCCCGUGGUGACCCUCAGAAGGAGAUUAUCGCCUUCACCAAAGAGGAGAUGAAAAAGGCCAACCUCUCAGAGCAGGCCAUGAUCGGCAUCAUCUGGACCAGCCUGAUGAGCUCCGUGGAGUGGAACAAGAAGGAGGAGCUGGUGACCGAACAAGCCAUCAAACACUUGAAGCAAUACAGCCUGCUGCUGAAAGCAUUCACCUCCCAGGGUCUGUCCGAGCUCAACCUGCUGCUGAAGAUCCAGGAGUACUGCUACGACAACAUCCACUUCAUGAAGGCCUUUCAGAAGAUCGUGGUGCUCCUCUACAAAGCCGACGUAUUGAGCGAAGAGGCGAUCCUGAAGUGGUACACCGAAGCCCACGUUGCCAAGGGGAAGAGCGUUUUCCUCGAGCAGAUGAAGAAAUUCGUCGAGUGGCUGAAGAACGCAGAGGAAGAGUCUGAAUCGGAGGAAGAGGAGACGGACUAGAACCUCCUCGGCCAGAUGAGCUCUUUACUUUUUACCCUUUUCUUUUCUUUUCUUUUUCCUCAAAAAAUUCACUUUUAACUCCUGUUACUACUACUUCCCCAAAAACACGCACUAAAAAACAUGUAAACUAAAUUUAAAAGAUCCGUAUUCGUAAAAUGUUUUUGUGUCGCGACUUUCUGUGGAAGCGGAAAACGACGAAUACUCCCACUCCUUUAUUUUUUUUGGGGGGGGCUGUUAUUAAUAAUAAUGUUGUACUUCCUUCUGUAAUUUGGAUACUAAACAUUCCACCUGACCUCGGCGACCGCUGCUCGUCUGAACCACAACCAGGAUUUCGAGUUUGCGCUCUUUCGCCGUUAAAAAUGCGAUUUUUGCCAACGGUUUUUAUUUUUCUCCUUCCCUUUUUUUGGACUUUUUGUUUUGCCUGACUCAUGUUUUGGCUGCAGUUGGGUCCUAAACUCCUCCUCAUUUCUUGGCUUAAAGGGUCAACCUGUACCUCGUGUCAGAAGCCACGCCCCCCGUACGAUACCUCGCCAGCUAACUGAUUAUUAUUGGUUUCUACUUUCUUCAAUCUGAUAUGAACCAACUUUUUUUAUGAAAAUAAAGAUUAUUGAAAUGGU